AUGAUUAAGAAGCAUAGGAGAUGUUUUCGUUAUUAAAUAAGUAAUUGUCGUAAUUAAGGAAGAUUGCAUAUUAUAUAAGGAGAAUAUGAAAGAGAUAUGGCUAAAAUAUAGGCAGAAAUUAAUUAAUUGGAUAGAGGAGGAAUGAAAUUCUUAACUCCGGAAUAAGUUUAAAAGAAGUAUUAUUUAUAAAAUCUGAUGUCUCAAAGAUAAGCAACUCAUGGAAAGGAAUAACAAUUCUUAAGGAACCUAUAAAAUUAUAGAGAAUAGUAUAUUUUGAAUGAAAAAUUGAUGAACACUAAGGGUAUAUCGAAUCAAGAAAUGUAUAAGAAAAGAGAAGAAAUUUUGAAGAUGAAAUUACAAUAUGAGUAACUGUAGACAGAAAAAGCAAAGGUAUAUAGAGAAUAAUAAAAUCCAAAUACCUUAUCUAGUGUAGGGCUAUCGGUUUUGAUGGAUGUGAGUAAAAACCAGAAUUUCGAUGCAGCUAAAUAAAAGUUGAAUAAGGAUGAAGCAAGAUUAUAAUUUUUAAAAGCACGAUAAGCAGAUGAUAUUUUGCAUCGAGAUCUAGAUGAAGUUAUGAAUAGUGGCCCAGGGGAUAAUACAUCAAAUGAAGUUAGGUAUUUAUUGAAAUAAGGUAUUGGUAAAACUUAGAGGGAAUAAUUAGAACAUCUAUCAAAAAUCAGAGAAUAAUUAGAAGAGUAUAAUAAAGGUAAUACAAGGCUAGUCUUACCAUUUGAAUAAAUUAAUGAUAAUAAGAAAGCAAAUACUGAUUAAGAUAGUUAUUUAAAUGAGAUAGAUUAAUUAAGAAAAGACUAUGUUAAGGCUGGAGGAGUAGAUCCUAAUUUUUUAUUGAAUCUUUCUCAAUUAGAAAGAAAUAUAAAUAGAAAGGCAAAUGGUUCGUAGUAUGAUUUACCUUAAUAACCUCAAUAUGUCCAUAUUCCUUAAAAUUAAAGAAAUUCUUCAUACUAAUAACCAAUGGCUCCUAAUGUAUCAAUGGCUCCUAAUGUAUCCUAUUCACAACCAAAUCUGCAUCGCCAAUAAUAAGGAGCCAUCUAUCAACAAAACAAUCAAAUAAACUCAAAUUCCUUAUCAACUCAUCCAAUAUAUCAAUAUUUACCGUAGUCCUUUAGAGAAGAAUUGAAUAAGUUAUAAUUACAAACUCAGCCUAUGAAAAUUGAGGAGAAGAAGAAGAUUGAUCCUAACAAUGCAGAUGAUAUGACUUUAGAGUAUCUAAGAAAUCAAGAAGCUGAACUAUUAUUGAUGAUGAGUAAAUUAGACCCAAGAUCAGCUGACCAUUAAAGAUUAAUGGAUAAUUACAAGGAAUUAUAAAAGUUAAGAAACUUGAUAGAAAAGGCUGUCUUUGACAAAAGAGUUUCUGAUGCAAUCAAUAAGGACAAGGAAUAUAGAAAAAAACUAAUAAAAUAAUAAGUUAAUUUAUUUGAUAGAUCCAAUAGGGCAGUUCAUUAUGCAGCAAGUGAAGGAUUUGUACUCUUUUUUGAUUAUGCAUCGAUGGUUGAAAUUCAAUUUCAUACUUUAAGAAUAAAUUAUGGAAUAUUUAGAAAAGGUUCAGAUAUGUACCCAUAUAAACAAACGAAAGAUUCUCUAACAGCUUUUGAAACUUAUAGAACUAAUAAAGCAGUAUUCUUUGAUAGGGAUAUAAUUAGAGAUUUAGAAGCCUAUCCUGACACAUAUGUGUUUGUUGAAUUAUGGGGCUAUUAGUCCAAUAUACCUGAAGUUAUAGGAUGGUCAAUGAUCAGAUUAUUUUAGGAUGAAGGUAAAUUACUUAUCGGAAGAUUUCGAAUUCCAUUUUAUAGUCAAAAAUUAAAUCCGAAUUUCUUAUUCACUCAAGCAUUACCAUAUGUUAACAAUACUUUGGUUUAUGGUAGAAUUUGUCUUCCUGGAGACCCAAUCUUAGAUUCCAAUGAUAUUAUUGUAAUAGAAAGUGAAUAUGACAUGCCUGAUAUGCAUAUUCAUACUACUGCACAUGCAGCAUCUCUUGCUGAAAUUUAAGAUGUCUAUUUGAAUGAAUCCAAGAAGUUUGAGAAAAAGAAAGACAUUCCACCAGUUGAUUUAGGUCUAUCAAAUUAAACUUUUAAAUAAAAUAUCUCAUAACUAUCCUAUACUAAUCAAUCAGCUGAUAGUCCCGUAACAAAAAGUGGAGGAGCAACCACUAAAAUGAAAACCAGAUUCUCAAAUCGAGGUUCUAAAAAUUAGUCGAAAAAUACAACUCCAACUCCUGGAUCAUAAACUAAUAGAUAGAAAAGUUAAUUCGGAGAUGCAAAAUUAACAUUUAGAUUAAUUAAAUUGGCUAAAUUACCUACUAAUGAAUACAAAACAGCUCCGAUUAAAUUAAAGUUGGGUGUUUUUAAUGGGUCCAAGAUAUUAGAAGAUUUUGAAUAGUAGCCAUAGAUGGCUGUCUUAUAAUUAGAACCAACUAAAACAAAUGGCGAGAAGGAAAUUGAAUUCAAAACAAAACACGAGUUUACAUUAUCCCUAGAUUGGUUGUAUAAUUACAGAGGAGAUGAUGUUAUGUUAUUUAUGGGUUUAUUCAUUAAUUAAAAAGAUCUAUUUGGUUGGCUAGCCACUCCAUUAUUUUAUCUUGAUAAUGCAUAAAAUGAUUACAAAAUGAAAUUAGGGGCUUAUUCAUGCAAUUUAUUGGCUCCUCCAGGAUAAUCGCCUCCUUUUAAUCCAGAAACUAUGAAGAAAUAAGAAAUUGAAGUAGAUUUUAUUAUUAUGACAACUGAAUAAAAAGCUGAAUAAUUGCAAAUAUAUGAUACAUAUAUUAGCUUAAGUAAUUAAUCAAAAUUAGAUCAAUCUAAAAUGUCAAAUCUAAAUAAGUCUAGCAGAUCCUAAGGACCAAUCCCAAGCAUUUUUAAUAAGUCUCAAGACAAAUCAGUUGAUUAGGGUUAUGCUCAGAAAGUAGUCAUCUAGCUGGAAAUGCUUAAUGGAGUGAUUAGAGAUGAUGAAUAUAUAGUGGAUGUGGCUAUCUGUUGUAAAGAUAAGGUUGUCUAUGAUGUGAAUGAUGAACCUUGUAAAUAUAAAAUAGAUUAAACAUUUGAGAGCCAAAAAGGAGCAAUUCUGUUUGAAGAUGAAAAAAUUGAAUUUGAAAUUGAUUUUAAUAGUGAAAAGAAUCAAGGAAUUACUAAACAAGCUUGUUAAUUACUAUUGUAUUUCUCAACUAAAAAAGAUAAAGUCACAUGGUUUGUACAUGAUUUAAUUAAGUAUGGUAGAUAUUCCUUACCUACUUUGAAUCUACCUUUUUAAAAGCCUCCAAUAGAUAAAACCAAACUCUAAAACCAUGCUCUUAUGACACUAGCAUUUGAUUUGAAGCCUAUAUAAUGA